AUGGCGUCCCUCAGCAGUAACGAGUGGAAGGCUGUCUGCGCCAAAUUCACCAACGCCCAACAUCUCACCGACGUAGAAUCCCGAAACGACCCCGAAAACGACCUGUUCCGGUCCAAAUACAAGGCAAGGGAUCUUCUAAGGGAGAUCUACUGCACGCUGAAGAACUUCGAAGAAGGAGAUGGCGAAGAGCCUGACGGCGGAGAGAGCAGCGAGCCCGAGCCGGCGGAGCAGCCUCUGGACGGGGACAAGGAGGAUGCGUUCAGCCGGGGCUGGAGCAGCGACUCGCGCGCCGGGGACCGAGCGGCCAAGCUCGCCGCAGUGGACUAUUAUUUGGGCGUCAACCACGUGGACACAGAAGAAUUGUCCGCCGGGCAGGAACAUCUGAUGAACUGUAUGAAGCAUCUGGACAAAUGCAGGGUGUCAUCGGAGAACGUGUCGCUGUUCAUUCACGUCAGGAACCAGCUGGGUAUCCUCUGGGCAGGCAGAGAUGAGACGGAGAAGGCCCAGGGCUUCCUAGAAACUGCCGAGUCCAUCUACCAGCGUUACAUGAAAGAGAAUGGGAGUCCUCCUACAGACAUGAGCGAGUACUUCUGCUCUGAGGAGAACCAGCUGACGCAUCAGGAACGAACCAAGAAGUUUGAGCUGGCCUACACUCAUACUUUGUACUACCUUGCACAAGUGUAUCAAUACCUUGGUGAAAAUGAGCGGGCGGCUAACUAUUGCUACAGCACUCUACAGAGGCAGCUCCAGUUAAAACAGUUCAAUCCAAUGGAGUGGGCUCUAAAUGCUGCCACACUGUCUCAAUACUACAUCACUAAGGGUCACUACAUGGAAGGCAGACAUUGCCUUGCAGCAGCUACGGUCGUGUCAGGACUGGCUGGGGAGGUUCCCUCUGAGGCAGCAGCCCAGGAGAGUGAGGCAGAGAGCGACCGCAGGGAGCAGCUCAGGCAGAAGAGAUCAGAUAUUGCAAGAUGUUGGAUUAAAUACUGUCUUAACCUUCUCCGAGAUGCUAAGAAGCUGCUGGAGGAUAACAUAGGGGAGCUGGAUACUGACCGGCAAGAUGAGCUGAGGAGAGCGAGGAGACGAGAAGAGGAAGAGGAGGGCAGGAAGCAGACCCUGCUGUUCGGAUCUGAGGACACUUUUGACUCCAUUGCUAGCGUGGAAGAAAAGGUUUCUUAUUUGCUUCCUUUGGAUUUCACAGAGGCCAGAGCUAUUUUUCUGGUGGGACAGAACUACGUCAACCAGGCAAAGGAGUACUUCCAGAUGGAUGGGUAUGUGACGGACCACAUUGAGAUUUUGCAGGACCACAGCGCUCUGUUCCAGGCCCUGGCUUUCUUUGAGGAGGAUGUAGAGCGGCGCUGCAAAAUGCACAAAAGAAGGGUUGACAUGCUGGAACCCAUCUGUAACGACUUGAAUUCCCAGUACUACCUUUUAAUCCGCAGACAGCUGAUGUUUGAGUUGGCCGAGACCUACAAUGAAAUGAUGGAUCUGAAGCUGACUCUGGCCAACAGACAGGCAGAUAGUCAGUCCCUCGACAGUCAUACCAUAAAAAAAUUCAACCAUCUGUGUUCCGCCUCGGCCAAGUACUUUCAGAUGUUCCUGGACUCCCUGUGUUCUCCUGAGGGGAAGUAUCCCGAACACCUGGAGGAAGAAGUCCUCAGACCGGCUCUGGUGGCUCGAUUCAGAGUGGCCCGACUGCACGGCAAGCUGAUCAGCUCCUCGCCGCCGGUUCAGCUGGACAACCUCAACAAAUCUCUAGAAAACUACAAGUACGUGGUGCAGUAUUGUGAUGCCCACCCUGAAGCUGCAGCCGCCGCAGAGACAGAGCUGGAGUUGAGUAGGGAGAUGGUGGGUCUCCUCCCUCUGAAAAUCAAUCGGCUGAAAGCGAGGAUGGCUGCUAACAACUGAAAAGUGCUGCUGUUCCCCGACUGGAGCUCUGCUGAAACCACGUUUAGCAAAAGUCACUGACAGUCAUUGUCUCUGUUCAUUCUGGUAAUUAUUGUCCUUUUUUCCAGUGAGCAUGCUGCUUUCACAUGACUGCUGAAUCCAUUACAAGCUCUUUAACUUAUGUGCUCUUAAUAUAUUGUGAUUACACUUUCUGGUUAAUAAAAAGAAUAUCUCAUUUUUGUGGCACAAAGACAUUCUUAAGUGAUGUGGUAAAAUUGACUUACAUCUUUGUGAAGCUUUAAGGAUAAAUUCUUUUUUUUUUUACAGCAAUAAAGCAUCUAUCCCUCAUAAAUAGUCAGUGAGAUUUUAACUCACAAUUUCUUCUUUUUCUAUUAAGUUCUCCAUUUAACUAAACUAGUUUGAUGUGCUUCUCUCUGCAUAGAAGUGCACAACAAGACUUCAUGAGUGCAAUAAUAAUGGGACACUUUGAGGUAAAGAGCAGUAAAUGUUGUGCAAAUAUCUGCUUUCUCUGAAAUUAGACGCCUGUGCUGCGAGUCCACAGAACAACAGUCAUUAUGGACUUGACUCAGUUUUUAUCACAGUCUGCAUGAUGUGAUCUCAAUCCAUUCCAGCCCGCGUGUUUCUCCCUGAUGGAUCCCAGUAUUCAGUCUGUUUUGUGCACAGCAGAUGGUGUGUAUAAUUUAAACCAAUGUAGUAAUCCAUCCUAAUACCAUAGUACCAUUCCUUAUAGGUGUAAUAAAAAGCUGAAUAUGAAACUGGAGCACUUGUUUUCUGACAUCUUCACAAGUUUCAGCAAAAAAAGUCUUGCUUUUUGUUUAAAAUCUGAUUUUUUUUUUUACUUACUGUGAUAACUUUCUAAAAGUGUUCAUAUAAAAGUUGUUCUGCAACUUAUUUGCCAAUGAACUGUUAUUUUGAAUCUGCUAAAACAUUGAUGUAUUCUUGGAAUUCCUGAUAUGUAAAACAUCUCAGACUGUUGUCAGAACAGAUUUCAUGAUUAAGCGGAAUAAAACUGAGGUAGAAGCAGAA